AUUUUUUCAUGUUGUGUUUUGCAAUAUUUAUAAAUAUUUUUCUCUUCUACAUGUAAGCACGUUACAUAACUCAUUGUUAAUUUGUUCCUAUUUACUGUAGACAAACAUUUGCUAAGGCGCUUUCAAAAGAGUGUGAAAAGUAGUUGAAGGAUGAGACAUCAAAGUUUGGAGAGGUUUAUGAUAAAUUCUGCAAAGAAAAAAUUGCCCAUUUGCAAGCCUUGAAAGGUGGGUUUUGAUGGAAUAUGUUGUAAUGCUUUGCAUCUUUCAUUUGCUGCUGCUGAUACGAGAAACAUGAACUAGUUUUGUCCUUCUUCUUUGUGCUACAUAAUCUGCUUAGGUAUGUUUUAGAUUUUAGCAUAAUAAUUGCAGUUCUGGUUUGAGGAAGACAAAGAAUAUGAACAACUAAGUGAGCCUUAAAGCAAGAAUCUCUGUUGUCAAAAUCUUUUUUGACUGUAGAUAUUCAUAUCAAAAUAUUCCCUCCCUUUCUCCCCUUCUCUUUCAUUUUCAUGGCAAGUUUCCAUGGAAACCAAACAACUUCGUCAACCACCACUUACGCAUUCACCAAUCUACCACUCAAUUAUCCUAGCAGGCCCACGUCUCAAACCUCUUCAACAAAUCCAUGCACGGAUCAUCAUCACCGGCUUGGGUCGUACCCGAUCUCUCAUCACCAAAUUACUUUCUUUUGCUUACGCCGCCGCUUCUCCCAUUAGCUACACUCGUCGCCUCUUCUUUUCCAUCCCCAAACCAGAUACUUUUCUCUUUCAUUCUUUAAUUACUUUAACCUCUAAAUUCAGUUUCCCUCAAGAAUCCCUUCUCUACUAUCGCCGGAUGUUAUUAGCCAAUAUUUCAUCUUCAAAUUACACAUUCUCCGCCGUGAUUAAAUCUUCUGCCGAUUUAAUGGCUUUUAGUAUAGGUGAAACUAUUCAUUGUCAUGUUUAUAUUUGUGGGUACGGUUUGGAUGCUUAUGUUCAAGCUGCUCUUGUGAGUUUUUAUGCUAAAUCUGGUCGUGUGAUGAUUGCCCGUAAAGUUUUUGAUAAAAUGCCUGACAAAACAGUGGUAGCUUGGAAUUCGAUGAUCUCAGGUUAUGAGCAGAAUGGAUUUGGAAAAGAAGCAAUUGAGUUGUUUUAUUUGAUGCAAGAUUUGGGAGUUAAACCGGAUUCCUCAACAUUUGUUAGUUUGUUAUCUGCUUGUGCUCAGGUAGGUGCAAUUGGUUUAGGCUGUUGGGUGCAUGAGUAUAUUGCUAGAAACUGUUUUGAUCUGACUGUGGUGCUUGGUACCGCAUUGAUGAAUAUGUAUUCGAGAUGUGGAAAUGUUAGCAAAGCAAGAGAAGUUUUUGAUUCAAUGGAGGAAAAGAAUAUUGUUGCUUGGACUGCUAUGAUUUCAGGGUAUGGAAUGCAUGGUCAUGGCAGCCAAGCGAUUGAGUUGUUCAAUGAAAUGAGUUUUGAUGGUCCACGACCCAAUAAUGUUACAUUUGUUGCAAUCUUGUCGGCUUGUGCUCAUGCAGGGCUCGUAGAUGAAGGGCGCCAGAUAUUUACCACCAUGAAGCAGGAGUAUGGAUUGGUGCCAUCAGUGGAGCAUCAGGUUUGUAUGGUGGAUAUGCUUGGGCGUGCCGGACACUUGAACGAAGCAUAUCAGUUUGUCAAAAACAUAUCACCUAAAGAGCCAGCUCCAGCAGUCUGGACCGCGAUGCUUGGGGCUUGCAAGAUGCAUAAGAAUUUCGAUCUUGGAGUAGAAGUGGCAGAGCAUCUUUUAAGCAUCGAGCCUGAAAAUCCUGGCCAUUAUGUAAUGCUUUCGAAUAUCUAUGCAUUAGCUGGUAGGAUGGAUCGAGUGGAAAAGGUCCGAAACAUAAUGAUAAGAAAUCGUUUGAAGAAGGAAGUUGGUUAUAGCACAAUAGAUGUUGAUCAUAAGGUUUAUUUAUUUAGCAUGGGUGACAAGUCCCAUCCCAAGACAAAUCAAAUUUAUCUGUAUUUAGAUGAGUUGAUGAGUAGGUGCAGAGAAGCUGGCUAUAUACCGGCAUCGGAAUCUGUGAUGCAUGAAGUGGAAGAAGAGGAGAGGGAAUAUGCCCUUAGAUAUCACAGUGAGAAGCUCGCGAUAGCAUUCGGACUAUUAAAAACCGGCCCCGGUGUGGCCAUCAGGAUUGUGAAGAACCUUCGAAUGUGCGAGGACUGUCACACUGCCAUCAAAUAUAUCUCAAUUAUUGCUAAUAGAGAGAUUAACGUUCGUGAUAGACUUCGGUUUCAUCAUUUUAAAGAUGGCUCGUGCUCUUGUCAAGACUAUUGGUGACGGACUUUGACGCUAUUGUCAAGCCCCUUCUUUAGGCCCGAUCAGAGUUGGAAAAUUUUAAUUUCUGUUUUUAAACCAAGUUGGAUGUCCUAAUUUACUGUUUGGAAGUAAUGAUGAUAUCAAAAAAUUAUAUUAAUGUUAUAAAUCCCAUUAAUCGUGAA